CGCGCCCGUCUCGGGACCGUCACUGCGCCGGUGGCGACCCCGCGCUGCCCGCUCGGCACGAGCGAGGUGUGAAAGACGGGAGCAAGAGGUCAGGUGACAGGAGACUCGGUCAGGUGACUGGAGCAGAAAACUAGGCAGUGCCAAGAUUGCUCAGGUCGUUCUGAUCUGCUGGCAGGAGAGCACACGCCGAGCCCAGAUAUUAGACAUCAGCAGCUCCAGACACCCGGCCGCGGAGUAUCAGACGGAGGUGAGGCCCUUGAAGAGCAUCGAGUGACCACCGGAAUCAAGGUGGCAAUCAGGCGACUGCCGAAGAUAACGUGGCCACUGGCAAUCUGGUAAUGGGCGCAAGCCUUUAGGGGCUGGGCGAUUUUGCUCCACCUGGGCGGCAAACCAGAACAGUCCAAACCUCAGAAAUGAACGUUUAACACAGAAAAGCACUCGGAGAGGGCAGCAGACCAGCUGGUGAAAUCAACAGACGGACCUGGCGGCGAAAAAUCGACAGCGACCGGCCCCGAAUCGGCUGCGUCUCAUCAAUCUUGAACUGUUGGGACUUUGACUACCCAUUGGUACAAGAAAAGAUAUUUAUCCGUUCACUGCGAAUUCACUUCUGUUUGAUAUUCCCGGUGUCCCGCCGAGCACUGCCACGUCAGUAAUUAGCCUCGGGGACAAAAACAGAGAAAGAAACUGAGACAGUGACAGAAAGAGAGAGAGAAGCAGUGCGUGAACGGGAUACACGCGGAACGCUCCCUGCCGCCCGGGUACCGAGGCUUCACCAGGGCAUUCCCACGCCGUCGAGCCGGAGCACGGUCGCUGUGGGGCACCCGCUGCCGCGCUGUGGGGUGCAGCAGCCGCGGUGGCGGUCGAUGCCGGUGAUUACGGCAAGUUUGUCUAAUUAGGUCAGGGAAUGUUCGUGCCCCACUGAUUGAGUAACAAGCGGAUCUGCCAAGCCUCGACGAGGGUCGACGAACAAUCAUCCGUGCCGUGAACGCGCGGUGAGGGUGCACGUGUGUCGGUCCUGCCCUGGGCGCUACCCGACACGAUGGCGUCAAACGACGGGGACUCGAUGCCCCACCACGUCUAUCACCGGGGGCAAUUCGAAGAAGAGUUCUUGAGGCAGUACGCCAACAAUUCUCUGCCGUUGUUUAACAGGUCACGGAUUAUUUACGAAGAGAAGAACUUCGUGCUGACAAUCAAGGUGCAGAUCAUCUUCUAUAUGGUCUACUCCAUCAUAUUCUUCAUCGGGGUGUUCGGAAACUUUCUGGUCGUAUAUGCCGUUCUGCGCAACAAGGCCAUGCGGACGGUGACCAACUACUUCAUCCUGAACCUGGCCCUCUCGGACAUCUUGCUUUGCGUCCUGUGCGUUCCUUUCACCCCGCUCUACACAUUCCUCGGACGCUGGAUCUUCGGUAAAGUUCUCUGCCACUUGGUCACGUGUACACAAGGCAUCAGCAUCUACAUAUCUUCUUUAACGCUGACGGCAAUCGCUAUCGACCGCUUCGUCGUCAUCAUCUACCCAUUCCGAUCCCGCAUGCUGACAUCGACGUGCACCAUCCUGAUCCUGUGCACCUGGCUCUUCUCCAUGGGGGCAACGCUGCCGUACGCCUACUUUGUGGAGCAUAGGCCUAUCGAUUCCGACGAGCCAGUGGAGUCGGACGUGUACGUGUGUCAGGAGGACUUCCCGGAGGACAUCCGACUCACGUUUGGCAGCAUCACGACCAUCCUGCAGUUCGUCAUCCCCUUCCUCAUCAUGACUAUCACGUAUACGCUUAUCUCGUUCAAGCUGUCGAGUCGGGCACGUUCGAAGCCGGGCUCCAAGAGCGUGCGAAAAGAGCAGGCCGACCGCGAGAGGAAGAAGCGCACAAACCGCAUGCUCAUAUCCAUGGUCACAGUGUUCGGGCUCUCCUGGCUGCCACUGAAUGUGAUGAACCUGCUCGACGACAUCUCGUCCAACCUCGGUCUGGGAUGGGAGAACUGGCAGUAUUUCCACCUCUUCUUCUUCGUCGCGCACGCCAUCGCCAUGAGCUCCACCUGCUACAACCCCUUCCUCUACGCCUGGCUCAACGAGACCUUCCGUAAGGAAUUCAAGGAGAUCCUGCCCUGCUUCCGCAGCAGCGGCGGCGAGACCGGUGCAAUCAGCGGCGUCCAGCCGAACGGCGCGCCGCUCCGGCCGACCGCGUCACGUGCGGCCAUCUGCGACACAAAGCCGACCGACUGCCACGUGGCGCACGUACACGCCACGUUCUCAGUCGGCAACGAGAACGUGGUGCUGCUGACAGCGGCCGUCGUGGACGACCGGCGCGCAUCCACGCAGACCACCGAGACGGCUACGGACACACCGCCGCUCGUCACCGACCUCUAGGGCGGCCGCUUUCAAGAGAUCCGCGUUCAGCCGUGGUGCUACGGCGCAGGGCG